AUGCGUCCAUCGUACCACGAAGUCAAGUCGCCGGUCGCACUCAGCACGGAUGUGCCGACGCUGCACCCGUCCGAGACGGCGUCGUGGACAGCCCGAGUGACGCUGUCGUGGUUGAGUCAUCUCUUGCGCCGCGGCGCCAAGACGCCGCUCCAAGAAGACGACGUGUGGCCUGUUCGACGCGCCGACUCGGCGGCAGCACUCGCAGCACGCUUCCAAAUGCAGUGGCGCGCCGAGCGCCAAAUGCCACAGCCUUCCUUUGCCAGUGCGCUUCUGCGCACGCUUCGCUGGGAGUUCAUCUCGGCCGUGAGCCUCUACUUUGCCUCGACGUUUCUCUCGUUAUCGCAGCCCAUCUUGAUCAAGUCGAUCUUGCAAGUCCUCACGGGCAAGACGUCGGCCGUUGGUAUCGCAUCGGGCUACGUGCUCGCUGUCCUACUCACGCUCGCAACGCUCGUCUCCGUCACGGCGAUCGACUAUGGCCAGUCGUGGAUGACGUCCAUCGGCGCAAACGCGCGGUCGAUCGGAAUGGAUGCAGUCUUUACCCACAGCCUCGCACAGUCGUCGGCGCGGGUUGCCUCGUCGGGCGACGUCGUCACGCUCGCGUCCGUUGACGCCGAGCGGCUCUACCUCGGGUACCUCUUUGUUGCGUGGACACUGACUGUGCCCGUGACGCUCGUCUGCAUAUUUGUGCUGCUCGGUACGGAGCUCGGCGUGUGGCCCGCACUCGCUGGCGGUGUCGCGAUGUUAAGCAUGCUCUACCUUGGGUACGCGUCGGCGACGUCGGUUGGUCAGGUCCGCGCGCAGCUCCUUUCGACGCAAGCGCAGCGUCUCAAGCUCACGAGCGAGGCGCUGGCCGGCGCCCGCGCGCUCAAACUAAACAGUUGGGAGUGCCAUCUCGAGGACGCGAUCACUCGCACGCGCGCCAUGGAGCUGACGUACUUGCAGACCUACCAGAAUCGCCGCAUCCUCAACAUGGUCGUGCUCUCCGUCGCGCCGGUCUUGUCGCUCGCGCUCUGUCUUGGCGUCUACGUGGCCCAAGGCAAUACUCUGUAUGCGGCGAAAGCAUUCGUAGCGCUUGCCUAUAUCAACAACGCGCGCCAUCCGUGCACGGUCUUUGCAAAUGCCGUCGUCUCGGUCGCUGAGGCCAAGGUGUCGGCGAAGCGCAUUGGCGAUUUUUUGCUGCAGGACGAACUUCCGUCAUUAAUGCCACCGUCAACCGCGCCAACUCCACCGGCAUGCACGGUCAAGAUCGCAGAUGGCGACUUUGGCUGGUCGUCGCCGGAAGACGAUGCUACCUUGACGCUGUCCAACAUCAACCUCCACCUCGCCCCUGCCUCGCUCACGAUCGUGGUCGGCGCUGUUGGCAGCGGCAAGUCCAGCCUCGUCUCGGCCCUCCUCGGCGAGAUCCACCAAGUGCGCGGCACCCGCCACGUCAGCGGCAACGUCGC